AUUGUUCAUUCGCACUACAUUUCCCAACAUGCACUAGGGAUUCAAAUAUAGAAAAUCUUGAAGACCGAAGUUCUUUGGCGAUAACAAGUUUCUCUAACUGGAGCGCGAGUGUGUCCAAACAAAGACCCAUUGAACUAUAGCUGCAUAUUGGUCUGCUGGGCAGCAGCGCAAGGAUGGCAGAGGAACACACGAAGAUAUCUGAGUUGCCCGAAGACGUGGAAACAGAUGACUGUAUGACCACCUACACUUACAUUUACAGCCCAGACUUGCUUAAAGACCAUGUUGCCUUCAUAACUGGCGGUGGAUCUGGAAUUGGAUUCCGAAUUUCAGAAGUGCUAAUGAGGCAUGGCUGUGACACAGUGAUUGGCAGCAGGAAUCUGGAGAGGCUCACUGAGGCGGCUGAGAAGUUAAGUUCUGCCACUGGGCGGCGCUGCCUGGCUCUGCGCAUGGACGUCCGACAGCCAGAAACCAUUUCCGCAGCUGUCGAGGAGGCAUUGAAAGAGUUUGGAAGAAUUGACAUCCUCAUUAAUAAUGCUGCAGGUAACUUCCUGUGCCCUGCCACUUCCCUGUCCUUCAAUGCCUUUAAGACGGUGAUGGAAAUUGACACCAUGGGCACAUUCAACACAAGCAAGGUGGUCUAUGAAAGGUGGUUCAAGGAUCAUGGUGGCUCCAUUGUAAACAUCUCAGCAACUCUGGGCUACAAGGGCCAAGCUCUCCAGGUGCAUGCUGGGUCUGCAAAGGCUGCCAAUGAUGCCAUGACUAGACACCUUGCAGUAGAAUGGGGACCAAGCGGUGUUAGGCUCAACACAUUGGCACCUGGUCCAAUCUCAGGCACAGAGGGAUUCCGCCGCCUGGGUGGAAUGGGGGUGGAGACCAGCAGUGCUUUCCAGACCAUCCCGCUGCAGCGGGCCGGGAACAAGACUGAGGUGGCCCACGGGGUGCUGUUCCUGGCCAGCCGGGCAUCCUCGUACGUGACUGGUGCCUGCCUGGUGGCGGACGGGGGCAGCUGGCUCACCUCUGCGAACAACCUGCCUGCACUCCUGGAUUACUGGUCAUCUACACUGAAGAAAGACAAGUAAAAGACUAAAGAAAGUUACACUAACUAAAUCCUUUGCAACAUCAAAUGGAUGCUUCUGUUUCCCAAUACUUUAAGCUUCCAAAAAUAAGUAGAACGGGACUGGGAGAGAGUGAGAGAAAGAGAACACACACAGAGAACAUCUUGGCACCAGACGGUUUAUUGUAACGAUUUUAUUGUCUUUAGCAUCAGAAAUGUUCUCAAUAUCACUUUUAAAAGUAAUUUUGUUGCUAAAUUGCAACAUGUAAGUGGAAGAAUCUUUCUUGAAUACCUCCAAGAUCAAACAGUUACAUUUUCUGAUAUGUAUGAGGUACCUUUUUUGGCUUGGACUUCAUUUUCGGUUUAGAUUUACAGCAUGCAAAACGUUGAGUCUUAAUUCCCUGAAUAAAAUAUCUAACCUUC